AUGUUGGUUACAUAAAUGAUAAUGAGGGAUGUCUCACCCUAAGAAACAGAGUGGUAUAUCCCUUCUGGUAAUUAGGUUUUAUUGGGUUUGGUCCAAGGCCGGCUUGUUCCACUGGGUCCAGUGGUCUGCAGAAUUUUCCCAGCCUUGCCCUGUGGAUUACACAAGAGUUUGGUGUCAAAGGAAGUGCAAGGGCUGUAGAGUGCAGCUGUGGCACCAGGGCCAGUGGCAACCUGCUUCAGUAGACACAGAACAAGAUGACCAUGUGACCUACAGUACAGAUGCUGGACAGAGUGUGACCUACCCACUGAGUGCCUUAACCCACGACCUUGUGCGACCUAUGCAAGAGGACAACAUGGCGGACAGCGUGGAGGACAUGGCGAACCUGAGUGACCUGAACGAGGGGUCGAUCCUGGAGAACAUCAGGCUCAGAUACGUCGGAAACAGGAUAUACACAUACAUAGGACAUAUCCUAUGUGCAGUGAACCCCUACAAGCCAAUAGAGGACCUGUACAGUAAAGGAUGUAUCCAGGCCUACAAGAAGAAGCACAUUGGUGACCUCCCUCCUCACAUCUUUGCCAUUGCUAAUGAGUGUUACUAUGCCAUGUGGAAAGCAGGAGGGGCGAACCAGUGUAUUCUCAUCAGUGGAGAGAGUGGAGCAGGGAAGACAGAGAGCACCAAGUUCAUCCUACAGUUCCUGUCUGAGAUGAGCCAGGUGUCAGGAGGGUCUGGAGAAGGGAGCACAGACACCAGUGUGGAGCAGGCUAUCUUACAGAGCAGUCCUAUCAUGGAGGCAUUUGGCAAUGCCAAGACAGUCUACAAUAACAAUAGCAGCAGAUUCGGCAAGUUCAUUCAGCUGCAGUUCAACGAGAAGGGCAGCAUUACAGGGGGCAGGAUUCAGGACUACCUGUUGGAGAAAAAUCGAGUAGUGGGUCAGAACCCUGAUGAAAGGAACUACCACAUCUUCUACAGUCUCAUCGCAGGGUCAACACCUGACAUUAAAGAGGUGCUGUGUCUGACAGAGGCAUCAGACUUCCACUACCUCAACAGGAGUGGCUGCAUUAACGACCCAACCAUCAACGACCAGGAAGACUUCUCCAAAGUUCUGCAUGCCAUGCGAGUGAUGAACUUCAGUGAGAAGGACAUCCUGGACGUCUGGUGUCUGCUGGCGGCCAUCUUACACGUGGGGAACAUCAAGUUUGUCACUACAGCCGGCGCACAGGUCGCAGACAAGCAAGCCCUUAGCAAUGCUGCCUCCCUCCUGAGAGUGGACAUGUUGGGUCUAGCCGAGGCUCUUACACAGAGGUCAAUAUUCCUUAGAGGGGAGCUCAUCAGUACCCCUCUAGAGGUCAAUGAGGCUGCAGACUCUCGUGACUCCCUGGCCAUGAACUUGUACAAGGCCUGCUUCAGGUGGAUCAUCACCAAGAUCAACAGCCGUAUCUAUGGCAACGGGCACUACUCAUCCAUUGGAGUGCUGGACAUAUUUGGCUUUGAGAACUUCCAGACCAACAGGUUUGAACAGUUCAACAUCAACUAUGCCAAUGAGAAGCUUCAGGAGUACUUCAACAAACACAUCUUCUCACUGGAGCAGCUGGAGUACAACAGAGAAGGCAUCGUGUGGACUGACAUCAACUGGGUCGACAACGGAGAGUGUCUGGACCUGGUGGAGAGGAAACUAGGUAUCCUGGACCUUCUGGAUGAGGAGAGUCGCUUCCCUAAAGGCACAGACAACACCUUUGUGGACAAGCUGCAUGGUGGACACAAGGAAAAUGCCUUCUUCCUGAAACCCAAGGUGGCCAGCAGAAUGUUUGGCAUCAAGCACUAUGCAGGGGAGGUUUAUUACGACACCCAAGGAUUUCUGGAGAAGAACAGGGACACAUUCAGAGAUGACAUUCUGAACAUCCUACAAGAGAGCAGGUCAGACUUUAUCUACGAGCUGUUUGAUACGGAUGCGUACGGGAAUGGCACCAGUUUGAAGAGUGGAACAGCAACAAGACAGAGGAAGAAACCUACAGUCAGCUCUCAGUUCAAGGAGUCACUGCGGAGUCUGAUGACCACACUGAGUGCUGCUAACCCAUUCUUUGUCAGGUGCAUCAAGCCAAACUCUCAAAAGUUACCGGACACGUUUGACCCUGAGCUUGUUCUGAGUCAGCUGAGGUACAGCGGUAUGUUGGAGACUGUGAGGAUCCGCCGGGCGGGAUAUCCCGUCAGACGCACCUUCGAGGACUUCUGCUACAGGUACCGUGUGCUGAUGCGCCAGUCAUCCAGCGAUGAAGACAUAAAGGCACACUGCAGCGGGGUGCUACAACUGGUGGACGACACAGGCAAGGAGUGGCAGCUGGGAAAAACUAAGGUGUUCCUGAGAGAGCGACUGGAGUGUGAGUUAGAGAAGAGACGAGAGGCAGAGUUACACCGGGUGGCAACCAUCAUCCAGGCAGGGUUCAAAGGUCACCAAGCCAGGAAACAGUUCCACAGGGCCAAACAGAGCGUGGUUCUCAUCCAGAAGAACUACAAGGCUCACUUCUGGAGGAAAGCGUUCAUCCAGGUUCGGCAGGCCACCAUCGUUCUGCAGAAGUUUGAGCGCAGUCGCCGAGCACGUCACCUGCUGCAGCAGCUGCGGGAGGAACGACGGCUGGAGGAAGAGCGGCAGCAACAGCUGCGGGAGGAGGAGAAGAGGCAGAGAGAGGAGGAAGAAAAGGUUAAGGAAGAAGAAGAACGAAGACUCUUGGAGCAGAAGACACUUGAAGAAAAGGCUAAGUUUGAGGAGAAGAAGAGACUAGAGGAGGAGAGAAAGAAACCUUGCAUCUGUCCCAUGUGUGGCUCUAGAAGGGAGAUGGAAAAACAAGAAGAAAUCAGACAACAGGAACAAAAAGUCAAAGAGAAACAGGAGCUCAGGAAACUGGAAUUUGAGGUCCUAGAUGAGCUUGAUAAUUUGAUAGAAGAAUGCAUGAUGCUGGAGUUGGGAAGGUCGGACAUUGAUGACAAUUUGGACGACAAGUUGGAGGAUUGGGCCAAAGCGAAGCAGGAGUUAGCCAUGCUGCGGGCACAGCAGGCUGAGGAGGCACGACUGGCCGAGGAGGCCAAACAGCGGGCACUCGAGGAAGAGAAGAGAUUCGAGGAAUUUGCCAAGAAAAAGGCUAAAGAAGACGCUAAGAGGAUGGAGCAAGAAGCUAUGUCAAGGUUGAAAGCUGAAGCUGAACAGGAGCGGCGGCGGCAGGAGGCUCAGCGGAAGUGGAACCGCACGCUCAGCACCAAGAAGGGGGAGGAGAAGAGGGAAUCUGUCGACUCCAUGCUCAGCGAAUCAGACGGCACACAGGAACGAUCAUCUCUUGAUGAGAGUGGAGAUGAGCUGGACAUGGACCUGGACGAUGAGUCUCCAUCUUCACCCAAGAGACACAGUCUCCUUCCCGAGGUCACGCCGUACUUCCACGCCUAUCUCAUGAUGAAAGGUGGUGUGAUGAAUAGCUGGAAGCGCAGGUGGUGUGUGCUGAAGGAUGACACCCUCAUGUGGUACAGGGGUAAACAGGCAUCUCUAAAGUCAGGCUGGUUGGCAAAGAAAGGCGGCGGUACCGGCACCCUCAGCAGACGGUCGUGGAAGACUCGCUGGUUCGUCCUGCGCGGGACGACCCUCUCGUACCAUGAGAACGACGAGGAAGGCGCCAAACAGCUGGGGUCCAUCGACGUGAAGUCCUGUAAGGAGAUCCUGGAUAAUGGACUGAAGGAAAACGCCCUGUCUAUUGUGACAGAAGCAAGAACCUAUCACCUGGUGGCAGAAACACCCGAGGAGGCCAGCCAGUGGUACAAUGUUCUGACCAGCGUCUACUCUGCCACUGAUGAGGAACUCAGGGAGAUGCAGGAUGAGCAGGCCAACCCCAAGAACGCAGCUGGUACCCUGGAUGUAGCCCUGAUUGACUCUGUCUACGCGUCCGAUAACGAGUCGAAGCCGCACCAGUUUGUGAUCAUCACGGCGAACCGCGUCUUCACCUGCUGCAGCGACACCGCCGAGGAGAUGCACCACUGGAUCAGCUGUUUACAGAGGUCAAAGGGCGACGUGCACUCCGGGGGUCAAGACUUCAUCACACGAGGUUGGCUGAGUAAGGAGACUGGUAAGCCCACAGGCACAGUGAACAAGUCCACCACCCUGAAGAAACGAUGGUUUGUCCUGACGGCCCACUCCCUGGACUACUACAAGAGCUCGGACACCAACAGUCAGAAACUGGGAACCCUCAUCCUAGACAGUCUGUGUCGAGUGGUGCAGGCUGAUGCUGAGAUGUACGAACAAACAGGUUACUACAUGUUCACGAUCCACGGCCGUCGUCGCUCCUUCCACCUCUUCACCAAACUGCACACAGAGGUGCAGCAGUGGGUACAGUCUCUACAGGAGGUGAUUGACAGCAAGGUUCCCAUAGUAACACCUACACAACAGCUCAUCACAGACCUCAGAGAUGCGAGUAUGAACAGUGAAGCUGUGGACCAGAUCUACCAGCGGAACCCCAUCCUCAGGCACACCCCACCCCUCAAGACCCCCCUCCUCCCCAUGCCAUAUGGAGACGUCAACGCCAACUUGCAAAGAGAAAAAGGCUACACCAACCUGCAGGAAGAAGCAGUCAAGAUCUUCAACUCACUCCUACAGAUUGAGACUGCAGCUGACCAGAUCUCCAUUGUACAGAACAUCCUGGAGUCGUGUCACGACCUGAAGUACCUGAAGGAUGAGGUGUACUGUCAGCUGAUCAAGCAGACCAUGGGCGUGGCAGACGUGGACUCCAUCGGGAACCUGCGGGUGUGGCAGAUCAUGGCCUGUAUGUGCUGCGCCUUCCAACCAACCAGGAACGUUGUUAGAUACCUCAAGUUCCACCUCAAAAGAUGUAAAGACAAGUUCCCGAACACAGAGAUGUCCAAGUUUGCCACCUUCUGUGGGGACAGUCUGCGCAGGUGCAAGGGGAGGGAAUAUGUGCCGUCACGGGACGAGGUUAUCGCAAUUCUGGGUCGUCGUGAUAUGUACACCACCGUCCAUUGUUACGGGAGCUCUUGUCGUAUCAGUAUCAACUCCUCCACCACAGCGUCUGAGGUUGUGAAGCACCUGGUCCAGGAGAUGAGACUUAAGGUUGUCCAGCGGCUGGUCCGAGGGAUGAACCUUGAGGAGACCCACAACACGUUUGCGCUGUUUGAGAGGGGCGCAGGUCAGGACAAGGCCAUUGAUGGAAAGGCUAUCGUGGCCGACAUACUGGCCAAGUUUGAAAAGUUGAAAGAAGAGGAAGAAACAGAAUGGAAGUUGUUCUUCAGACUCUUCUGUUUCAUGGACCCCCGCAACGUGCCCACCAACAGUUUAGAGUAUGACUUCAUGUUCGAGCAGGCCCACGAAGACGUAAUCCACAACAGAUUCCCGAGCUCCGAGGAAACUCUACAAUACCUGGCUGCCUACAGGUUACAGUACAAGGAAGGAGACUUCAGCAAGAGUGGAUGGAUAGAUGACCUUGGCCAAGUGUACCCCAUGGAGAGGUUACGCAGGAGGGUCAAGUCCACCAAGGAGAACAUCGCUCCGGUCAGCGACAAGACAGAGAGACCGGCCACAACCAAGAGGAAGUCCAACUUCCUAGAGGGAACCUUAAGAAGAAGUUUUGGAAAGGGAGGACACAAGAAAGCAAGACAACAAGUCCUUGGUGAGGAUGCCCAGCUGGUCCACCUACUGAAGGAGGAGGAGUCCAGCACCACCUCAGCUAUCAUCGCCAAGUGGAAGAUGCUGAAGGGUUUAACAAAGGAGGAAGCCCAGCAGAGGUACAUGCGAGCAGUCAUGGACUGGUCAGGCUACGGGGCCACACUGUUCGAUGUGGAGUGUAAGGACAGACAACACCCAGUGGACCUGUGGCUGGCUGUCAGUGUAGAUGAGAUCGCUUUGUACAAGAGAGGAGAGGAGAGACCGCUGGCAUCAUAUGCCUAUGACAGCAUCCUGUCUUUUGGAGCACCUGUACCAAACACCUACAAGAUUGUGGUGGAAGACAAGGAACCCAUGAUGUUUGAGACCAGCCAGGUUGUUGAGAUAGCCAAGCUGAUGAAGGCUUACAUCAACUCCCUGGUGAAGAAGCGGUACAGCUGGCGCACGUCCUACCACAGCUACAGGAAAAGUGUGGACAGUGACGACAUCCUCCUGUCUCCUACAGUAACACAGUCGUAACCUUAGCCUAGUCAUCAUCACUGUACACUGGGAACCAUAGACUGGGAACAACAGACUGGGAACAAUAGACUGGAAACAACAGACUGGGAACAAUAGACUGGGAACAAUAGACUGGGAACAAUAGACUGUCCAUCAAAAUUUAAGCAACAAUUAUCGGACUGAGCCACCUCAAAAUUUUUAAUUUUCAUUUUGUUUUGCACUUUUUUAAUGUUUUGACUGAGGUGAGCCUUAAUCCUUUUUCCUUCUGAAGGAUUACAAAAUGUAUGCUGUCACCAAACAUGCUUUGGUACAUGCAAGAGCUUGUUGCAAAGGAUGACAGUUUAAUCGUACAUAAGGCUUCAACCCCUAGUUAUCAUCAACACAGUUUAUGCUACUUAUCAUACUUGUCAAUCACAGUGUCACUUUAAUUACAUCAAGAUGCCAUGAGAAAGAAAUGACUAUGAUCAUUAUUAUGGUAGAUCAGAAAACAACUGUCUGUACUUAACCUUCUGACUUACAAUGUAUGCUGUAAACAAUUUAAAUUAAUUAGUAGAUGAGCAGAUAACUGUAAGGGGGUUAAACCGUCUGCUUCACUGUAAACUUGCUGGAAGAGUAAUACAAGUGAUGCCAUAAUGCUUUAAUGGCCAUCAAACCAGACUGUUGCAUACCCGCAUGCUAUAUACACAUGUAGAUGUGUUUAAGUGUUAAAUCUCUGUCUCAUUCAUGUAGAUUAAGUGUCAUUGAUAUAACUUCCCCUCACUUUAAUUACAUCAAGAUGCCAUGAGAUUUAAAAAUGUGUCAUAAAGCUGAUUUCCUGUAGUGACAUUAGAAUGUGUAGUACAUUGUAACUUUGUAUUGUAACAUGCUUUACUGAUUUUAAGAUUUCUUUUGAUGAAUUUUCUUACUCUGCUGGUCAGAAUAUUUGACCCAUUGGUGUGUGGUACUGGUUGUAAGGAUGUAGAUAGUCAAAAACUGUACAGUAACUAGUACUUAUGUUGUGAUUUUUUUAUUAUGUUCAUAAUUCAUGUACGUCACUUUUAACCUAACCAAGAGUCAACAAUAGCAAACAUUGUUACAAAUAGAUCUGAUCUUGUGUGUAAUUAACAAUUGCCAAAGAAAAUUCAAGUGACCAUAAUCAUGUGUUUGUUCUUAGUGUAGGCUUUUUUUAUUGGCAAUUAAUUCAUAAUGAACUGUGCAUACCAUUUUUGUAUUUUGAUUUUUUGUGUAUCAUAUUUAAUAAUCUAUCUGCCGUCAUGAAAAUUGCUGCAAGACAAUAAUCAAGUUGUGAAAUUCCUGGCCAUGUAGUUGGUAGUAGUAAGUUAUUGAUGGAAUAAUCAUGUAGAAUAUUCAUUUAGAAAUAGAUUUUGCAGUAAUGUAGCUUUGUAGCUUGUAUAGUCAAGCCUUGAACACCACAAUGUGCCAGUAAAGAAAAUAUUAACUUUGUGCGAUGAAAUCCAUCACCAUACUCAAUAUGCCAUCCACAUUACACAGAAGAUAAAAAAAGAAAAGAAAUAGGAAACUUAGAAAUACCAAGUCUGUUUGUACUUCACCAGAUGUAGCCAUUUCAGACAAACGAUAACUUGCUAGAUAAAUGAAAUAGCAUAGUCUUAUGAUGGCAAGUUGUGCAAAAUUCGUCAAAUUUGAACAAAUGCAGUGUGUUGCUUCCACCACCAUCUCACCACAUGUUGGAUUACUGUGUCACAAACUAAUGGUAAAACUUGAGUCUACUUAGUGUAUUAAGGAUGUUUUGUUCAGACAUGGUUUGUGUCAAUAAAGUUGGCAUGACUGCAGGAAGAUUGA